GCCGGCCGCGCCCCCUCCCGGCGGCGGCGGUCAGUCAGCCUGUGCGCGACUCCGGAGCGCUACGCGCGCGCUUCUCGCUCCCCGCGCUGACCCUCGCGCGCUUCCCUCCCGGCCGCCAGAGCCCUCCGCCGCCUAGGUCCGUCUGAAACCGGCUUCGCACCAUGUCUUCGCCUCCCGAGGGGAAGCUGGAGACGAAAGCUGGACACCCGCCCGCCGUGAAAGCUGGUGGGAUGCGAAUUGUGCAAAAACACCCGCAUUCUGGAGACACCAAAGAAGAGAAGGACAAGGACGACCAGGAGUGGGAAAGCCCUAGUCCACCCAAGCCGACCGUGUUUAUCUCCGGAGUCAUCGCCCGGGGCGACAAGGACUUCCCCCCAGCGGCCGCCCAGGUGGCCCACCAGAAGCCCCACGCCUCCAUAGACAGGCACCCCUCCCCGAGGACCCAGCACAUCCAGCAACCUCGCAAGUGACCGGCAAGAACCCAGCGCCCUCACCAGGCACACCUCGGUUCCCCGACACUUGGUAUUUCCUCUGGCAAAGAGAACUGGCAUCUUCCUCAAAACACUGCCCCACUGGGAAAUCUAAGACAAAGCAAAGCGCCCCUUCUUUUGCCUUCAAUUUCCAGCUCUAAAACUAGAAUCAGACCCCCAAACCUCACUUCCAGGGAGUCCUGGCUGAUGUCAUUCGAGGACCAUCACGCCUCUCUCUGUGCCCUAAGCAGAACUUACCAAGACCUGAGUGAAGUGACACUGUUCCCAGUUUAGCUUCAGUUGUGGUUCAUCAAUUGCCCUGCCAGUGGUCUUAAAAAUUAGCAGGCACGAAUCUGGGAGGAUUAGACUAAGGUCAGGGGAAAGCUCAAUCAUUGCAUGCUUUUUAGCAGUAGGACAAUCAAAUCUUAACACCUAGAGGGAAGAGAAAGAGAUGAAGGCGUUAAUUAUAGAAAACUUGAGUAGGGAGGAUACUUCAGUAGACAGCAGCAUCACUGAAUGUCCCUCCCUUGUGUGAUGAGGGAUCCGAGCACAGGGCGACCAAGCUCUCCCAGAAAAGCCAGAAAAGAGCCUACCACUUUGAAGAGGCUCUUUUAUUCCAGCAGUCAUCUGGCUGAAAAAUAUUGUCCAAACGGAAUACUUCCAGAAUGAGAUUUCUCAGUGUGAGUCCCAAGUCCUGCACGGCCCCACCAUCCACACAGGCUCGCCAGGAAAUCAAGGCGAACCUUCAUUGUUUUCAGUGAUCACCUCGAGAACCGCUUUGGAGUUCUCGGAGUGAUCCCUGACCAGGUGGAGGAAUAGACACACAUGGCUAAUCCUGGAACGCUAGAGCAAAAGCAUUGACCACAGGGAGAGACCGAAGGGAUGAAACCUGACUUUGCUCCCUGAGGGAAGAGUAGAAGCAUCACCCACCACUGGAGCUAGAAAAGCCUGUUUGUCAGCCAGCUGAAGUGUCAGAACAACCUCUGCCCUAGGGCACCGUUCAUUUGGGCAUCUCAGAUUACCGACGCUUUCUGCCUGGGUUUCCUGCCCAGAGCUGCCCUAGACUGCUUACUGCCUCACAGAAGUCGGGUGCCCUGCUUUUCUGAAAAGCAGUUGUUCAAAUCUCCCGGAGCAAAUGCUUUGGGAGCUGGUGUGGCCUGACUGUCCCACUUGCCAGGGCAGUAUCUGCUGCAGGUCCGCAGUGGGGGCAGCAGGCACCCACAGCCUUUCUGACACCUUCCAACUCCACAUCCAUGAUUGGUAAAGGUGACGCAGACCUAGCUUUUGCCCCUCUCUAAGGGAAAAGCCAGCCCUGCUUCACAUCCUAAAGGCGACUUGGUUUCCCCUCUCAUUGACUUCUGGAGCCAGAGUCUCACCCUUAAGGCAGUGCGUAGUCACAUACAUUUCUUAAUCGCUGAGGUGUUCCUAUAAACAGAGGCUGGCUUUUGGAGAUGCCACCUGGGUGUGUGGCCUCCUCCUGGCGACCUCCCAGAGCCAGCAUCUCUGAAGGAUCCUGAGAGCAGACAGCACUGGGUCAGUCUGGACCGCUGCAGCCUCUGCUGCAGAGAUGAAGGCUCAUCCUUGAUACCUUGUAGUGCUGCAGCCAGGAGCGCCGUGCUGUGCAUUUCUCUUGUCCUUUUAGCUACAUUUGGUGUGUACCUGUGGGCUCCCGAUCACUGAAAGCAAAUUGUUCCCCUGAAUGAAUUUAUCAAUGGUUAACUUCAAGAAUAAUCAUUCUAAUGAAGCUCCUGUGUGGUUUGUUUUCUCUUA